GUUACGCACUAUAGCUACAGCAGCAACGUUACACACUAUAGCUACAGCAGCAAGGUUACAGCAUAGAAUUAUACCACCAAGGCUACAUUCUGAGGCUACAUAUGCAAUGCUAUAAAUCACAGUAACACCAACACGACUCUCAGCAUCAAUGUAGACGUCUACAGCUCUAGAAUCACCAGCCAAUACAUUCUCAAUCACGAGUUAAAAAAAAAUUGUUUUGAAAUCUCAACUCCAGAAAAAACAACAAGCUAUCACAGAGGAGAAUCUGAUAUCUCCACCGGUGGCCGAGAGUUGUCGUGGUUUAUCGUUCUUGAUGCCAUCGAGAGAUUCAAUAAAGCUGGAUUUAUACGAAUUCACUUUUCAAUAAGGUAAGACGUCUUGCGACUCACCCCAUCGUCUGCUCAAGCGCUCAUGAUCUAAUCUAAAAAGUAGGCGCGGCGUCUGCCUAGCCUUAUCUCGAUCUGCAUCGGAGCGGCAAAAAGCGAUCCGGAGCGGCAGUGAUAGUAAAAAAUCUGGGACCCGGAGAAUGAGGUGUGAUAAAGGUGGACUGGAUUCACUAUAAGCUGGUCUGGAUAGGAAACAUUAGAGCGGCAUGAACUAGGCAAACACCCAGGGGUGAAGUUUGCGGUUGAUGCAAGAAGCAGGCAAGAAUGUGAGCAGUCAGCCGUGAACUGACAUGCAAGAAACAAGGGGCGGACGGCUCUGAGAGAGAUUAGAGACAGCAGAAGACAGUAUUCAGGACAGCUGUUGUGUUUCGGGAGAAGAAUACAUCGAUUCUAGUUCAUAUCGCCAGCAGGUUUCAAGAUUUGUCGCCCCUGUAUUGCCGUGACCCUGAGAGUUUGAAGACUUAGUGUGAAGGGCCAUAACUCAGGCCGGUAUCAAGAUGAUGAUGAUGGCUGAUUAUCGCAGCUGUCGCUACGAACACAACCCGGCGUCCAUGUUUCCCGGGGGCACGUUCGCCCCCGGCGCACACGAGCUCCAGGACCCGCGUCAGAUCAUGGACAUCUCCUACCCCCACCCCUCAGCGGGGCCGGGGCGCCAGGAGCUGUUGAGCCCCCACCACCAGGCCUACUCGCGGGCGGCCUUCUCCCGGCAGUACCCAGCAGAUGUGUACAGCUACAGCGGAUACACGUCACAGCACUUCUACCCCGACCCCCACCACCCCGCCACCUACCCCAACGGUCAAGCUGAAUACCAACGUCGGGCGCGGGCAGUUUCUUCCAAUCCAAGUUUUCCCUCGCCUAGCCCAGUCGCCGCGGACACGCCAAAACACUUCCUCGGGCCUAAAGAGGCCGAUCGGCCUUGUACGUCCUCGCCUAAACCCAAAGACGAGGCGGAGAAAUGCAGCAAGCGCCGGGAGAAGCCAGACGAGGAACUGGUCAAGCACAAGGUCAUCUGCCCGUCCAAGGCCACCGUCAGUCUGGACACGGAGCCCUGCUCGCCGUCCAUCGACGGUGACGGAUGUGACGGCAAACUGGACGACAGCCGGUGCGGGAACGAGACCGGAAACAGCAUGGACUCGUGUGACGAUGACGACCCGGACGACCACAUCCCGCACGUGCUGGCCCCGGGGUUCCACGGGCCCAACCGCCGCUGCCUGCUCUGGGCCUGCAAGGCGUGCAAGAGAAAGACCGUCACCAUCGACCGCAGGAAAGCCGCCACGAUGCGGGAACGGAGACGGCUCAAGCGAGUCAACGAGGCCUUCGAGACGCUGAAACGUCGGACCUGCCCGAACCCGAACCAGCGUCUGCCGAAGGUCGAGAUCCUGAGGAACGCCAUCGAGUACAUCGAGAGCCUGGAGGAGCUGCUACACGGGAGCCGCAUCAACCGCACCGAGGACAUUUGUAACGACAACAACUCCUCCAACAGCGGCUCUGAGUAUAUGGGCAUGCACAGUCCCCAGUACUUCACUGACAAGCUUCAACAGAGCUCUGAUCACAAUGGCAAUUACAGCAAUUCUAAUGGGUACGAGCCGGCUGCCGGUAACGCUGCCUCCAGCCUCAACUGCCUCUCCCUCAUCGUGGAGAGCAUCUCCCCCAACAAGACUCCGGCUGUGCUGACCAGUAUGACGUCAUCUGACCGAACGUUGUGACCCACCCCGAUACAAUGAAGAUGUGACAUAAUGUGUAACGUUGCACAGAGUGUGUUUGAGG